GCAGACCGAUACCAGUCCUCCGCUUUCCUGGGGGCUGGGAUUCCCCACCAAGUAGGCGAAGUCGGUGGUGAGCUGUCGUUCACUUCCGCCACUGAGUCUUUAUAACGUAUGGGAGACUCGGCAAAUCACAGCAAAGCUCGGCCAGGAGGACAGAUCGAGGUCAGCAACAAACAGGAACAAGCGUCCUCCUUUGUCAGAAAUACUUCAAGAAAGUAAGUUCCCAAAGAAACAGAAAAACAAUGAAGUUCCUGCUUUUGAUUUUACUGUCAUCAUUCAGCAUUUGCAUUGAGAUGACUCUGCUGAGUAAUCGGUUGCAGAAAAGAAAAAAACAUAUUUCAAGCAGAACAGGUACAUGCAUAGAAUCACCAUUUGAGAUCUACAGAAGAGGUGACACCUGGUUGCGAAUUCACAGAAACAACAUACAGAAAUGUAUAUGCAAAAGGAGUGCAAUAUGUUACGAUGUACACACAAAAGAAUGCACCAGAAAUAAGUGUCUAAAUGGAGGAAGCUGUGCACAACUUAUUCAUUCAAAGGAUUAUGUCUGUCAUUGCCCUGAGGAAUAUUUUGGUAAACACUGUGAGAUAGACAGUAGAUCCCAUUGCAUUAAUGACAGUGGAAAAGAUUACAGGGGAACAAGGAGCUACACAGCAUCUGGUGCAGAAUGCUUAAAAUGGGACUCAUUUGCUGUACUUGGAAGAAAAUACAAUGCAAUGAGAUAUGAUGCAUCAAAGUUGGGUCUUGGAAGUCAUAACUACUGCAGGAAUCCAGAUGGUGAUGCCAAACCUUGGUGUUAUGUUCCGGGUUCAAUGUAUUGGGAACCCUGUGAUAUCCCAACAUGUCAAACAAUAGUAGCAUUAAAGUGUGGCCAGAGGGAAUAUAAAAUGAACAAGAUUGCUGGAGGAAAGAAAGCAGCCAUUGAAUUUCACCCCUGGCAAGCAGCACUCUACAUAACUGAGACACGAUCCACAAAUCCAUAUUUUAUUUGUGGAGGAAGUCUGAUCCACCCUUGUUGGGUUCUGACAGCUGCACACUGUGUUGACACAAGAGUUUCUCGUGCGGAGUAUCAUGUAGUACUGGGAAGACCUUCAAUAAAUGAACCUACGAAAAAUGAUCAAACAUUUAUAGUGGAAAAGAUAAUUAGUCAUCCACAGUUCAAUGACGAUACCUUUGACAAUGACAUAGCUCUGCUAAAGUUAAAAUCUCAAUCAGGAAUGUGCGCAGAAGAGUCUAAAUUUGUGCAACCCAUUUGUUUGCCUUCUAAACAUCUUACAUUUCCUGAAGACACUCAGUGUGAAGUUUCUGGAUAUGGGAAGGAAGCUGAGUUUUCUCCUUUCUUCUCCAAAUUUCUGAAGGAGGCAAGAGUGAAUUUGAUUUCACAACAAGAAUGUGGGUCUCCUAAAUAUUAUGGAAACAAGUUAACAGACAAUAUGUUGUGUGCUGCCCACCCUGACUGGAAGGCGGAUUCUUGUAAAGGAGAUUCUGGUGGACCUCUUGUAUGUGAAAACAAUGGACAGAUGCAACUUCAUGGAAUAGUUAGCUGGGGAGAAGGGUGUGCCAAAAAAAAUAAACCCGGCGUUUAUACAAGAGUUAGAAACUACAUCCGGUGGAUUGAAGAAAACAUGAAUGCCUGAUUUAACAGAUUUUAAAUCACUGGUCACAAUAUCAGCUGAUCAGUGACCUAGAUUGUUUGCAGUAAGGUUUAUGUGUCUAAAACUAUUAUCCAAUCUACCUCCUGUAAUUUACAAUUUUGGUACAAUUCUGAAAAUUUAAGUCAGUUAAAGCACAUUUUACAUCUGCAACAUUUUGAAUUUUGUCUGCAUCAGACAACAUAGCUCAUUUUUAUAUGUUUCAUUUAAUAUAGCUAAACAUUUUUAAAAAUUAACUUUUCUAAUUUGUUGGGAAGAUAAAGAUUAACAUGUACAGGGCAAGACAUAAGUAGAGCAAUGAGCCAUUUUGUAAGACAGUUUGUUUUGCUGUGAACUGGUUUUGACUUCACAGUUCACAAACUGCAUUGUAACUGCUGAACUAGUCUCAGUUUGCACUUGGCCAUCGGAUGGGAGACCACCCCUGGGAGUAAGUAUAUCCGGAAGUGAACUUUGUGAACUUGAACAAAGGCUGGCUGGUCUGCCUUUAAGUUUUUUUUUAAUGUUAGUGAAGAGCCAAAAGGCUAUUUUCUAAUACAAAACAUGCUACCAUUAGGAUGCAAAUUAGCAGGUUACUUGCAUAUAUUGUCAGUGUAACCUGUGCACCUGAACUAACAAGGCUGAUACUGUUUCAAACCUGUGCCUGCAUCAUAAUAGCAACAAACUUGAACUGUUGUCAAAGCAAAUAAUUUAUUUUCAUUUGAUACUUUUUUGAUAUUUAAUAGGUUGUGUGGAGUGUAUACAAUUAUCACUUUCAGCAUACCAAACCAAACUAAAUUGGAGCCUCCUCAGGAAUCUAGCUUUAUGUAAUGGUGGGUCGUAAGAACAUAGGAAUUAGGAAUAAGAGUAGCCCAUUCAGCCUUAGAGCCUGCUCCGCCACUCAGUACAAUCAUGGGUCAAGUUCACUGUUCUAUCCAUUUGGUCUAUUUCGAUAAGAAUGCUGAAACUUUUUGUGACCAUUCAUGAAUAUUUUCUAAUUAGGCCUCAAAUUCAUUAUGAUGUAAAUUUAUUUUCCCACUUUUAUUUGGGUCAAAUGAAACAUUCUAUGCACUAAGUACAUUUAAAUCUUUCAUAAAAUUUGGACACCUCAGGUCAGAGGCAAAUAGUACAUGUCCCUCAAGCACUGGAUGGGAACAAUUAUUUUGGAUCCAAGGAUGAAAUUAAAUCAAUAUAUGUGCCACGAGUCUUAAAUUCAUCAGACCUUGGUAACUCUAAAAUUAGACAUGAUUAAAAUUUAUCACCUCAGUUUGGUACAGUAACUCCUUGCUUAACUUGGGAGUUGCUUUCCUGAAAAGUACAACUUUAAAUGAAACAACAUUAAGCAAAUCAGACUUAAGCAAAUUAGAGCCAAUGAAAAAGCUUUAGUUAGGUGCUGUAGGACCUCUCCAUUAGGAAAAAACAUGUAAAGAUUAUACCCUAUGUCAUAAAUACCGUACAUAGUAAUAUUUUAGAGGCAAUUUUUAUUUCUAGGAAGAUUGAAGUUAACUGUAGAAAAUGAGAUAAAUACAACUAAAGGAGCUCUAAGACUUACGUUUAAAAGGUUUGGGCCAUGUUGACCAAGAGGUUAACAGCUAAAAACGUUAUACCAUAAAACAGCAGGUAUGCUUACUUAGCUGGAGAAUUGGACUGAGGUGUCUACACUGCUUGCAAAGAAAUGCAAGCCAGAGAGUUUUGUUUUGGGAGUUAAAGCUACAAUUAAUUUAAAAGUAUUCAGUGAGCCCUGGAACGCUACAUCGUCAUGGAGAUGGAUGGAGCUUAAGAAAGUUCUAGGGUUUCAAUUUAUCUGUGUGUUUGCUGGGGGAGUGUGUGUUCUACAGCAGGGGAAAAGGCCAUACCGAAAAGGUGCUGCUGUUAGGAGGCUCCAGGCAGCUAAAGUGAUGCUGUUAGUUGGCUCUGUGUGGUUGGGGUUCAGGAGAAGUCUUGUGGAGCUGGGAAGAUGGCAGAAAGUUACUGGCUCCAUGUUGGAAAGGGUUAAACCUCAGGGGAAACCCUGGGAGCCAUUUAUAAUUUAGUAUAGCUGGAUAGAUUGGAGCCUAGUGAAAUCCAGGGCAGUGCCAGGCCAGUGAAGCUAGCCAACUGUUAAAGAGCUGAAAUUGCACCAGUAAGUAGAGGCUGGAGUGCAGACUUGGAAAUCCAGGGGAAUGGAGCCUCAGGAUAUGAGACUGAAACCCUAGGAGGGGAGCACUUGUUGAGGCUUUGAGAUAAUUCAGGGGCUUGAUCUUCGAAAGUGAAAAGUUUGGAAUCCCUCAAGAGGGAGACAGAGUUUCAAAUGGACUAGUUCACUCACUGUGUUUACUGACAUCUGGGUGGGUUGUUGAGAAAUCCGUGGGACGUGUCUUGGUCACAUCCGCUAUUUAUUGUACACUGUGGUGUGUUCGACCACAGUUUGCUUGUUAAUUUAAAUGUACCUCAUAUGUACCUGAAUGUUAGACUACAAGAUUGAUGUAAAUUGCUGUAUCAUGAAGUUUAUUUUUGUUUGUUCAAAACCUGUGGAAUCCUGUGGCUUUAUUCUCUAAUCAAGUAUAUUGAAUCCCAAACUCUGUCUCCUUUAAACAAAACAUUAUUGGUCCUAAACCGGAUCUUACCAAAAACUUGGGGGUCAGGUCCAGGAUCAUAACACCUGUAAGUUUUUAAAUACUGUACACUGUUUAUGAAUAUAGUAAUUUAGCAAAAUAAUUUUAAAAACAGAAUAAACUAAAAAAUAUAAAAGAAAUAUGCUGUUCUACUUACCUCCUGCUCACCAUCUCUCCUGCUCAUCGUCUCUCCCACUCCCUGACCCUCCGUGCUCUCCUAACCUCUGGCUUGCAACUGAUCAUCGUUUUGGAGUGGUUUCUCCCUCUCUCUGACACUCCGGCUCCUUGACCCUCUCGCUGGCUGACUCUCCUGCUCCCCGACCCUGCCAGUCACUGCACUCUCCCACUUGCCACUUCCCUCUCUGUGAGUGAGGGCUCAGCAGAUGAGCAGUGAGAGGCAGGAAGCAUCCUACUGUGUGAGAGCAGCUUCACGUUGCAGGGUUGCAGAAAUAAGCUGCAAGCUAGAGAGAUGGUGACCAGGAGGGUCAGGGAACAGGAGAGGCCACUCCAAAAUGGCGCCAAUCGACUCAUGCCCUAUGUCACAUCCGGCACAGAACAAUGUUAAAACAAAACUCCUGACCUAAGCACAAGUACCAGCCCCAUUAAUUGACCGUUAAAUCAAUAAGGCGUAAAAUGGGGUGACAUAAAGCAAGAACUUAAUGUCCUUUUAAAAGCUGAAGAGCAUAAACAAGCUUCUUUAUUACUUACGUGUUAUGAUGACAAUUUAUGAUAUUUGUGGAGCAAAUAUAGGUCUGAAUUUUAUUUGUUCACCUCCAAAAAAUCUGGAUUGUCAAGUAUGUUUUAUGGUAGUUAAUGGAAGAGCAGAUAUGGUUAUCAGCUGGAGUUAAUAUCCAUCAAGUAGACAUGCAAGUGAUAUUGUCCUGUUUCCAAACACAUAACCAAACUUAAAGUCCAAUAAAGCUUUUAUCUAAAGUACUGUCCUAUAUAUUUAGAUAAAAGCACUUUUCUCUCACUUAUAAUGUUAUUAUUGCUAGAUUUUUUAUACACUUGCAAUCAAAACCCAAGUCUCAUCCUAGAAUUUUUUUUACAAAAGCUAUAAUGUUUAUCUGGAUUUGAAGUUUCUGUUGCUAUUUACAAGAUAAUCAGCUAAGAGAUUACAAUGUUAAUUUUACUUUGUAAAACUGUGACUAUAUUUUGUAUUGUUAUCUUUUCAGUUGUGUUUUUUAGUUUCAAGGGUUCAGUGAUUGUACCUAGCCUGUUGAUACAAUUUUAAUUUUUAUUUGAUUCAUUAUAUGCUUUAUUCAGAUAUUAAAUGCAAUUUUACUUUUUAAGCACAUUCAGUAUUUAAUGGAUAAAUUUGCAAGUUGUUCCAAGGUUAAUGUAUACAGUAAUAUGGAGGUAUUAUUUAUGCAACUUAUUUUAAAAAUACCUAUUAAUACAUGUAUAAUCCUGAAAAAGAAGUCAAAACAAACUAUAUGGGCCUUCUGAAAAAUAUGGCAUUUGAAAAGAAUGCCAGGAAUUGCAUAUGGAUUUAUAAAAAAUGCUAAUUUUGUUGCCUUCAAGAUUGUUCCAUUUUGUUCCAAAGGAAGUUGAGAAAAAUAUAUCAAAGGAAAAUGAUUUUUCAUCUUUGCUUGUGUAAUAAAAAAAUGUCCAACACCGUACCAGUGAUUGACUUCUGAAAAAGUCACACUGUAUUUCCAACGGUCCUGUGAUAUUUAGUACAAGUUUUAUUGUUAAUCUUUCUACACAGAUUAAUAAUGUUAAUUCUUGAAAUACAAACUUGUUUAUUAA